AUGUUUGGCGGGCGCAAGUUCUCCUUCAACCGCCACACUGGCGCUCCCAAGCUCAGAGCUCGUCGCUUCAGCAACGCCGAGCCUGGCGCAAAUGAGGUUCAAUCCAAAGUCCACCGUCAGUUCCGCAACGCCCACGAAGGCCACCUCCCCCACGCUGGUCUCGACGCCAGCAGAGCGUCCACCGGAGUCAUCUGGUGCACCGAGCGCGCCGCCGAGCUUGGCUUCUUCGAAGAUCCUGACUCCUGGGCGAACCUGGGUCAGGGAGCCCCCGAGGUCGAGGAUGACAUUGCCGGCUGCUUCAAGCGUCCCGAGACCAUUGACAUUUCUGUCGCCGCGAGAGAGUACGGUCCAACUGCCGGUAUUCGACCCUUGAGAGAGGCCGUUGCCAAGCUGUACAAUGAGAUGCACCGCAAGGGCAAGGACAGCCAGUACACGUGGGAGAAUGUGGCCAUUGUGCCUGGCGGCCGUGCGGGUCUGAUUCGAAUUGCCGCCGUCUUGGGCAAUUCCUAUUUGAGUUUCUUCUUGCCCGAUUACACGGCUUAUAACGAAAUGUUGAGUUUGUUCAAGAAUUUUGCAGCCAUCCCCGUCCCUCUAUCGGAGGAAGACGGCUACCACAUCCACCCGGACAAGAUUGCAGAGGAAAUUGCCCGCGGCACCUCGGUCAUUCUCACCUCAAAUCCACGAAACCCUACCGGCCGGGUCGUUGCCAACCCCGAGCUGGCCGAGAUCCAGGACAUUUGCCGCGGCCGCGCCACUCUGAUCAGCGAUGAGUUUUACUCGGGCUACAACUACACGAGCAACUGCGACGGGACUACUAUUUCUGCCGCCGAGAACGUGGAGGAUGUCGACGAGGACGAUGUCCUGAUUAUCGAUGGUCUUACCAAGCGAUUCCGACUGCCAGGGUGGCGGAUUGCGUGGAUUCUCGGACCCAAGGAAUACAUCUCCGCCAUUGGCUCCUGUGGCAGUUAUCUAGACGGCGGCGCGUGCCACGCCUUCCAGGACGCCGCCAUUCCCAUGCUGGACCCAACGCUUGUGCAUAAUGAAAUGGUCCAUUUGCAGCGCCACUUCCGUGACAAGCGAGAUUAUGUUGUCCGCCGCCUGCGUGAGAUGGGCUUUGUCAUUAAAUACGUCCCAGACUCUACAUUCUACCUGUGGCUCAACCUCGACGGCCUCCCCGAAAGCAUCGCCGACGGGCUCAACUUCUUCCAAGCCUGUCUGGAAGAAAAGGUCAUUGUUGUGCCCGGCAUCUUCUUCGAUCUGAACCCCUCGCGACGCCGUGACCUGUUUGACAGCCCGUGCCACCACUUUGUGCGUUUCUCGUACGGCCCAAGAAUGGACGUGCUGCGCAUGGGGUUGGAUGGCAUCGAGAGAGUAGUGUCCAAGUAA